UGAAAAAUACCGCGUGGGUAUGUAGAAAAGAUAGGAAUUCCAAUUCGCAUUUCCUCAUUCGGUACCCCGUUUUGUUCUUUUUCUCGAACGAGAUUCAUCAGGCGGCCCGGCGUACUCCACAGCGUUUCGUAGAGCAGAGAACCAAACUGUCCUUCCUUUCAGUCUGAACUCCAAAACAAGAGUCAGGUUACUACCCACUGCUCACUGAAUUCAUGCCGAAAGUGUGAAACACAGCCUACACACCUGGUUUAAUUGGCAUCGCUGAAUUGAGAAGUUAGCUAGCAUUGGCUAUGGUAGGCAAAUGACCAGAAGCGUUUUUUCCUUACACGUGUGAUACUUGAGUUGCUGCAGGCUCUUCGUUGGAGCCACAGCACAUUGGCCGUGAGAGCAGAGACCGCCAUGCGAGUACCCCAAACGCUAUGUUUGGUCCAAAUUCAAGACGUGUUGCUGAGGUCGGAGAAAUUGCGUUCACUGAGAUAGUUCGACUACGGUGGUUCCCAAAACUUUCUAACUGCUGACCACUCCGGACCAUUGAACGCAAAUCUUCUAGUGAGAAUACGUACAUGAAUAUGGAUCCAGAACCAAGGACGCGACCUUUCUUUCUUCCAAGGGCGUUAGCCAAUGGAAAACGCGCGAGUGUGACUUCGCCAAGGCAGAGUAAUUGCCUAAUUGGCAUCUUGCGAGACCCAGCUGGUCACGGUCAGCCACGGCUCUUUGCCGCACUUUGCCGCCAUGUCCCUCUCGUCGGCAACCCGGCCGCCGAUCGACCUUGAAACUCAUCAGGCCCUCGCAACCUUAUAAACGGAGGCCGGCCGCCACCAAACCAGAGGGGGAAAAAAGUAGCCUGACCUGUUUAGGUUUAGCCAUGGCUCUCUUGCUACGGCACCGGCUGCUGCUGCCGCCGCUGCUUCUCCUUGCCAUCUUGGUUGCCGCUUCCCAUGGCGCGCCUUCCAGCGGGGGCGAUAGCUACGACACCUCCAUGUGCGUGCGGCAACCUUACAACUGCGGCAACGUCAACAUCAGCUACCCGUUCUAUAGCAAGAUGGAAACUCUCCUGGGAAACGACAGCUCGUACUGCGGCUACCCUGGCAUGGAGAUUCAGUGCGAGGAAGGCCGAGCCUUCCUGGAACUCGACAGUGGCAAGUACACCGUCUCGCGCAUCGACUACGAGCCCCCCGGAGUCUGGCUUGCUGAUCCUGAUGUCCUCAACGAGGGGAGCUGCCCCAGAGCCAAUCACAACGUGACGCUCGGGAAUGUCUCAUGGCUGGACUAUCCUAACGACACCGUCGAUUACCUCCUCUUCUUUAUCAAUUGCAACUUCCUCUCCGCCCCCGACAUCACUCGGCCACCGUCAAACACGACCUCCACCUGCAAAUUCGAUGACGAGCCGGCGUAUGGGAUGUCUUUUGUGUUUCGGGAGGAAGACGUGCCGUACCAGGACACGAAUUGGUGGCAGGUGUGCGGCAAAGUUAUCGAAGUGCCUGUGCUGAAAUCCGGUCUCCCUCCCGAUCCACAAAAUGAUCCUAGAUGGAGGAACGGUGGGUACGGCAGCAGUCUUCGUGAAGGAUUCCAGUUGGCAUGGCACCAAGAGCGCAAGGCCUCCGCGUGUGACCAGUGCGAGCGAUCCAAGGGGCAGUGCGGCUACAACCAGAAGGGGGGACACGUAGCAUGCUUGUGCUCCGGCGGGCGAGUCGGCGCUCCCAAUUGCUCCUCAGGACUUGAUGCUAAGAAAACUAUAAUCGGGCAUGGUAAUAAGAAAACUAUAAUCGGUAUUGUUGCAAGCACAUCAAGCCUUCUAUUUCUGAGUCUACUUAUUCUCGCGUUCUUCUUGACCUGCAAAUAUGGUUCGCUGCCCUUUAAAUCAAACAACAAACCAAGGAUUGAAUCCUUUUUACAAAAGAAUGGGAACCUACAUCCUAAAAGAUACAAUUAUGCAGAUGUGAAAAGCAUGACAAAGUCUUUUGCUGUUAAGCUAGGCCAAGGUGGAUUUGGUGCUGUAUACAAAGGUAACCUCUCUAAUGGCGGCCAAGUAGCAGUAAAGAUGCUAAAGGACGUCAAGGGUGAUGGGGAGGAAUUUAUGAAUGAGGUGGCUAGCAUUAGCAGAACUUCUCAUGUCAAUGUUGUUACCCUUCUAGGAUUUUGUUUGCAAGGAUCCAAAAGGGCUCUCAUUUAUGAGUACAUGCCUAAUGGUUCAUUGGAAAGGUAUACCUUCGGCACCAACAUCAACAGUGAAAAUAUACUAAGUUGGGAGAAAUUAUUUGAAAUAGCAAUUGGCAUUGCUAGAGGGCUUGAAUAUCUCCAUCGAGGAUGCAAUACUCGCAUUGUGCAUUUUGAUAUCAAGCCCCACAACAUUCUAUUAGAUCAAGAUUUCUGUCCUAAGAUCUCUGAUUUUGGAUUGGCCAAGCUAUGCCUGAAUAAAGAGAGUGCUAUAUCCAUUGUCGGUGCAAGAGGAACAAUAGGCUAUAUUGCCCCUGAGGUCUAUUCAAAACGAUUUGGAACAGUAAGUAGCAAAUCUGAUGUUUAUAGUUAUGGAAUGAUGGUACUUGAGUUGGUUGGGGCAAGGGACAAAAAUAUCAAUGCAGAUAGCGAAUCUAGUAGCCAAUAUUUCCCUCAGUGGAUUUAUGAGCAUGUGGAUGAAUACUGCAUCAGUGCUUCAGAGAUUAAUGGUGAGACCACAGAGCUUGUGAGAAAGAUGAUACUGGUAGGUUUGUGGUGUAUACAAGUGAUCCCAACUGAUCGGCCAACAAUGACUAGAGUCAUGGAGAUGCUGGAAGGCAGCACAAGUAAUCUUGAACUACCACCCAAAGUGCUCCUGGGUUGAUAUGCAUCAAUAUGUUCCCAAUAAAAAUGUUACUCACUGAAACCAGUUUGCUCAAAUGCAAAUUUUUGUUGUACUUAAAAAAAGGGCAUGCAUCAAAUGUUACUUUUGGUAUGUAAACAGAGAUGGAACUAAUAUAUGAAUUGCUGACCAGGGGUGGUCAUAUAGCACCACAUGAUGAUGUUAUUUGAUCAGACUAGCUACAAGUAUGGUUUCA